AUGAACGACAGCAUGAUGAAGGGUCCUUCGGAGGCGAUCGACUCUCCCACCAGCAUCGAGCUGGCGAACCAGACUGCCGUGGGUGAAAAGUAUGGCACACAUAGUGAUGAGAGCGAUAUGGAUCGCAUGGGCAAGCUGCAGGAGUUGAGACGGCAAUUCAAGUUCUUGACCAUCUUCGGCUUUGCUGUACUGCUUGGCAGCACAUGGGAAUACGCAUUGAUUGGUAUCGGAAUCUCGCUCUACAAUGGAGGAGCUGCCGGCGGUAUCUGGUUACUUGUCGUCGUCUGCUUCGGCAUGUUCUUCGUCACGCUUUCAUUGGCAGAGAUGGUGUCCAUGGCUCCGACAGCUGGUGGGCAAUACCAUUGGAUAUCGGAAUUGGCACCCAGGAAAUAUCAGAAGAUACUCAGCUACAUCACCGGAUGGCUGUGUGUCAUCGCAUGGCAAACAGGUAUGGCUGGUACGGCCUUUGCGGUCGCCGAUCAGUUCACAGCUCUGAUCGUGCUGAACAAGCCAUCCUAUGUCAUCCAAGGCUGGCAUAGCACCCUUCUGUCCAUCGCCAUCACCACAUUCUCAAUCCUGUGCAACACCGUUCUAGUCAGGAAGCUUCCCCUGCUGGAAGGCUUUGGACUCGUCCUCCAUGUAUUCGGAUUCUUCGCCUUCGUCGUCGUCCUCUGGGUCAUGGGCGAGCGCUCAGAUGUCACAACCACAUGGACCCAUUUUGAAGACCCCAGUGGCUGGGGUAAUACAGGUCUCGCGACUCUCGUCGGUAUUCUUGGUCCCAUCCUUACCCUUGGAGACCCUGACUUGGCCGUCCAUCUCGCCGAGGAAGUCAAAGACGCUGCGUGGGUCAGCCCUCGAGCCAUGGUCUCCACGGCCGUCGUGAACUACUCAUUGGCUUUCAUCAUGACUGUCACCGUCUUUUCCACUCUCGGCAACGACCUCGACACGCUUCUCGCCACCCCGCUUGGUCAGCCAUGGAUCCAGAUCUUGUUGAAUGCGACGGGAUCUAUCGUAGCCACCAACAUCCUGGUAGUACUCAUUUGCUCGCUGCUCAUGUUCAGCUCGGUCAACCAGGUGACAGCUUCAUCCCGCCAACUCUGGUCUUUCGCCCGUGAUCAAGGUCUCCCAUUCUCCAACUGGUUCGCUUACGUACCACCAGGCUGGGACAUCCCCGUCAACUCCGUCAUCGCUACCCUCGUAGGAACCGCACUUUUGAGUUUGAUCAACAUCGGCUCCGCCAUCGCCUUCAACAUCGUCAUCGCGCUAGGAGGUCUCGGUAUCUUCACGGCCAACAUCAUCGUCAUCGGCUGCAUGAUCAGGAAACGUGUUCUCGGAGAACCACUCCUUCCGUCCAAAUUCGACCUUGGCAAGGCGGGCAUUUACAUCAACAUCAUCGCUAUCACAUACCUUUCCUUGGCUAUCGUGUUGAUCUGCUUCCCCGAGGUGCCAAACCCGUCUUUGGCAGACAUGAACUGGUCCAUAGUCAUGUUCGCUGUACUUGUCGUCUUUGCAAUGGGUUACUACUACGUAAUUGGGAAGGACAAGUACGACGGACCUGUCGAGUACGUCAAGCGUCAGUGA